UCCGAAAUUGUAGAGAGAGAGAGAGAGUCUGUGUUUUUGUGUGUGUUUCUCUUUGACAACGUAAUAUUAUUAUUAUAAUUAUUAUUUUAGAGGCAUAACAAUAUUUGUUGCCUGGUCUUGCAAUUUUCUAUCUCUCUCUAGCAUUGGCUAUCGCACCAAACACCUUUGGUUUCCCGUUUAAUCCGAUUGGAUCAGUUCAGGCCUUUGGUGCUGGCUCAUAGCUUGUUCUGAACACCAGCUACAAUGAAGAAGGUUAUUGGUCAAACUGUUAGGGACCUUAAAAGAGAAGUAAAUAAGAAAGUGCUGAAAGUUCCUGGGAUUGAACAGAAGGUUCUUGAUUCUACCAGCAAUGAACCAUGGGGUCCUCACGGAUCACUUCUUGCAGAUAUAGCUCAGGCAACCAGAAACCCUCAUGAAUAUCAGAUGAUCAUGGCAGUAAUCUGGAAGCGAAUUAAUGACACUGGCAAGAAUUGGCGGCAUGUCUACAAGGCUUUGACGGUACUAGAGUACUUGGUGGCUCAUGGGUCAGAGCGGGUCAUAGAUGAGAUCAGAGAACAUGCUUAUCAAAUAUCAACAUUGUCCGAUUUUCAAUAUAUUGAUUCCAGCGGAAGAGAUCAAGGAAACAAUGUCAGGAAGAAAUCUCAAAGUCUUGUUCUCCUUGUGAAUGAUAAAGAAAGAAUCAUAGAGGUUAGGCAAAAGGCUGCUGCUAACAGGGACAAGUUUCGCAACAAUUCAGCAGGUGGAAUGUAUAGGCCUGGUUCAUAUUCAAGCGGUGGAGCCUAUGGUGAUAGAUAUGAUGAUGAUCGUUAUGGAAGCAGGGAGGAAGAUAGAAAUGGCUAUGGUUAUGGAAGAGAAAAAGAAUGGGGCUAUAGAGAUGAUGAUCGGUAUAGUCGUGAUGGAGAUCGUUAUAGCAGAGAUUACGAUGAUCGUUAUGGCAGGGACGGUUACAGAGAUGAUGACUACAGGGGAAGAAGUCGAAGUGUCGAUUACCAAUAUGACACAAGAAGCAGGAGCUCUGAUAGAGACCGUGAUGAUGAUGGCCAACACUCGUCCCGAGGUAGCAAUGCUAAAGCCGAGGACCAAUCUCUGGAAGCAAGGCUUGAGCAGAAACUUUCUGAGAAAAAUAUGGGUGCUCCUCCCAGUUAUGAAGAAGCUGUUGGUGAAUCUCGGAGCCCUGUACACAGUGAAAGGGAUGUAGAAACUUCAGAAGCAUCUGUUCCAAAAGACGCCUCUCCACAUGUAAGUGAUAAUCCUAGCCAAACCUCUGCACCUACAGGAUCUUCUCCUGUAAGCAAUAAUCCAACCGAAACAGCUCCUGCUGCCAGUACUGCUGCAACUGGAACCCAGGAAAUUGAGUCCACUGAUGAUUUUUUUGACCCACGUGGUCCUGCAUCAGCUGCCCCAAUCACCUCUAGUAAUGUUGAAAUGGACUUGCUGGGUUCCCUGUCAGACUCGUUCUCUUCAAAUGCAUUGCCUCUUGAGCCAGCUACGUCGUCAACUGCAACCCCUGAAGCAAACCCUGGUUCAACAGCUUCCUUUGCAGCACCAACACCUGGGUCCAGUAAUUUCAACCAGCAGUCUUUUGAAGAUCCAUUUGGCGAUUCGCCAUUCAAGGCUGUUACUUCGACUGAAACAGCUCCAUCUCAACCCCAGGCAUAUCAGAGUAUUGAACCAUCCCAAUCAAGUGGUCUUAAUCCAGAAACGAUCUCUAACUUUGGGUUUGGGGACUCAUUUGCUGUUGUACCAUACUCUGCAUCUGUUGCCAGUGAUACUCAACCUUUCUCUACAAAUUCUCAGUUUUUGUCUCAAGAUUCGUCAAUUCCACAGCUAGAAACUGAUAUUCUUGCAGACAUUCUUCCUCCUGCACCAUUACCUGAGAUGACUUCACAGCAUAACAUUUCAGCUGCAUCUGGCCAAAUGGCAUCACAACCAUUUUCUGAACCAACUGGCCAAAUUACCCACCAAGGUUUCUCAGCUGCACACAGUCAACCUGCACAAGCCUUUUCAGUUCCCCCAGGUCAACAUACCCAGCAAGCCUUUUCAGCUCCCAAUGGCCAACCAGCACAAAUGCAAUCACCUUUUUCAGCUCCCACCAGUCAAUAUGCACAACAACCCUUUUCAUCUCAUGCUGGUCAACCUGGCCUGCAUACAUUUUCAUCUGCUGGCCAAUCUAUGCAGCCACCUUUUGCUUCUCAAGGUGGUCAACCUGCACAGUCAAGUGGUCAUAUAUACGGUGGGUUGCGCUCCCAGGAUGGAUCUCUUACUCCAGGAGCUCCAAACAUGUCUCCUCAAUCCCAAAAUGUAUAUAAUGGACCUAUGAACAGUGGGAACUUCCUGCCACAAGGAUCUACAACAGCUUUUCCAUCACACAUGACUCCUCAAGCUCCAACAGGGCAGCUGUCACAGAGCACAUACUUUCCCCAUCAUGGAGGAUCUACUUCUCACCCAACUUCCCAUAUGACUUCUCACUCUCCAACUGAUCAAGCACCACAGUUUAACAGCCAGAGCUUCAUUGGACAACAAGGAAAUGUAGUUCCCUAUAGCUCACCAAUUACCCAUCAAUCACUUGCUUCUAAUGCUGCACAGUAUGCUGUUCCGACGGGAUCAAACUCUAUAGUUGCUCACCCAUCCAAGGACAAGUUCGAGACAAAAUCAACAGUUUGGGCAGAUACACUAAGCAGGGGACUGGUUAAUUUGAAUAUAUCUGGACCUAAAACAAAUCCAUUAGCAGAUAUUGGGAUUGAUUUUGAAUCCAUUAAUAGGAAGGAAAAGAGAAUGGAGAAGCCCAGUACCCAAGCUGUAACAUCAACUGUAACUAUGGGUAAAGCUAUGGGAUCGGGUUCAGGAAUAGGCCGGGCUGGUGCCGGUGCUCUCAGACCUUCUCCAAACGCGAUGAUGGGUUCUGGCAUGGGUAUGGGUAUGGGCAUGGGCAUGGGCAUGAGUAAUAGUCCUGGUGUUGGUAUGGGGAUGGGAGGCUAUGGAGGCAUGAAUACAUCCAUGGGUAUGGGGAUGGGAGGGAUGGGGGGGAUGGGGGGAAUGGGUAUGGGACAAGGAGUCCAGAUGCAACCCCCAACUGGAAUGCCUCCUGGUUCCAACAUGCAAGGUAACUAUAACUCCAUGAUGGGUCCAGGUGCUUAUGCUCAACAGCCAUAUGGUGGCUACCGAUGAGAUUGAACAUUAUUCCUAAAUAGAGAGGUGAAGAAGUAUUAUUGCAUGUUUUGCUACAAGUUGAUAGAUGCCAUGCCAAUACCAGUGCUACCACUAGUAUCCACAUUGAGACAUUUGGAUUUAUAGCGGUGUAUCAUUAAAGUUGCAAUUUUCUGUAAAGUGACCCAGUUUGAAGUAUGUUUAUUCUUGUUAUAAAUAUGCUAUUACCAUUCUUAUUUUUUUUUGGGUCACCCUUCUAUAGGUGCUUUGAGCAUCAGAGUUGUGUACCAGACUUGAUAGAAUAACCUUAUUUGGGUUAUUGCUUUCUUUGCUUGUUCCUCAUUUUUUGUACACCAGUGGGUGGUUUGAUAUUAAUAUAUUCUUU